UAUGUAAAAAUAUAGAAAAAGGAAAAUACCCUGGCGCAUAUGUAUUUCCACCUAAAAAAGGGAUUGAAACAAAAAGACCUGUAACAGGAUUAGAUUUUGCUUCAUUAUAUCCAAGUCUCAUUAUGGCCUACAAUUCCUCUCCAGAAAAAAUUAUACUAAAUAAAGGAGAGGCCGAUAUUGUACAAAAAAAUGAAAACAACUUGCAUAAGAUUGAGUUCUUAUUUAAUAAUCGCACCCUUCAUGCCUGGUCUGUUCGGCAUGAUAAUUGCCCCGAGAAAAAAGGAUUAUAUUCAAUUGUUUUAGAGGACCUGUUUAACAAACGA